GGAACCCUAAAAUGGCUUCACAUACAUUUUAAUAUAAACAGAACAAUCGGUUUUUCCAUUAAUAAAAGGUGAAUACAAGAAGCAGUGUUUGCAAGGACAAGCGAAUCUGGUCUGGUCCAAGAACAUCAGUCUGCCGGCAUCAAAUAUGCAAUGGUUAUCGUACGAACGUCGCGCCUUUUCAAACUAUGCUUCGCGGGAAUCGUGGUGACGUUGUUCCUGAUGAUGGUGAGCAGGAAGGGAAUCUCACAAAGGACCGGUUACGUCGGAUAUAUCACGCUGUACCCUAGAAGCGAGAAGGAUAUCGUCGAUGUGGAACAGGACUAUACCGAAAACGAGUACGUCGAGGUCACUACGAGUAGGAUAAUCGACGAGAAGAUGCCUGGAGCAUUUCUGAGGUCUAUCCCUCCGGUGAAACAAACGAAUAAAAGCUACUGCAAGUUCAACUACGGCCUGCCGUACGACUUGAAGUACAAAGCGAGACACAUCGGGUUUUCCCCCGAAAUAGGCAGGGCCGGACCCUACAGGAUCAUCCACAACGUCACGGAGGCGUGGCACUUCGACGGGGUGCCGAUGGUGACGUACGCGAGUCACGUGACGGCCAACUUUGCGUACUACAUUCCCGAACUGUUGAGAUACUGGGACGGUUUGGUGAGCCUUUCCGCGUUCGUGCCUGAUCUGGACGUCGCCAUGUUCCUUGAGCAGAUCAACCAGUACUGUUACUGCGUGCCCGGGAUGGCUAGAGUCUCUAUCCAUCUGAUUUACCAUAAAGGAAUACCGAUGUCGAAGAAAGACGUAUACUUUACCCGACCGGAUGAUUGUCUAAUUCAAGACUCGUCGAAGAUCAAAACCCACAGGGAUUUUGACGACACCGUGGUCUAUCCGGUUAACGUCUGCCGGAACGUGGCAAGGAAUAGUUCGCUGACCAAGUUCGUGAUGGUAUCGGAUAUACAGUUGAUGCCCAGCAAGGACCUGGCUCGUAGGUUCCUCCAAAUGGUGGAUAAGUACCACAAAAACAACACCGGCGAAGUGUUCGUGGUACCCAUUUUCGAAGUGGAGGAGACCGAGCGGGUACCGCGGACUAAAAACGAGUUGAUACGACUGCUAGCGGACAGGAAGGCCGUAUACUUCCACGGAAUGGUGUGCGAACACUGCCAAAAGUUUCCCGCCAUAGAGAAAUGGGUCAUGUCGGAUUCGGGAAAGACAAUUAAGCCGUUUUAUACGGUGAAAAGGAGGUUCCCGUACCAUAGGUGGGAGCCCAUCUUCAUAGGGACCAACGCUGAACCAUUGUACAACGAAAAAUUGUCGUGGGACGGACUGCAGGACAAAAUGCCGCAGUCGUUGGAAAUGUGCCUGAGGGAUUACGAUUACACAGUGUUGGACGGUUGUUUCUUGGUCCACUGGCCAGGCAUGAAAAAGACGAAGAUUGUCGACGAGGAAUGGCGGAUACCGUUCGUCAGGGACAAUAUGCGCGAGUACAAGAAGAUCCUUGGCCGGUUCUACAAGAAGUACAAGAUCAUACCGCAGUGCAAGAUACUGACGGUUUCUAAACUGCCCGGUUUUAACGAAACAAUCAAUUAGAAUACAUUCGAUGCGAAUUUUCAAAUAGCAUAGGGUUAUUUAUACGGUUUAACUUAAUAAAUUAUUUAA